AUGGUCAGCCCUGCCAUAAAACGGAAAUCGGAGCAUCUCUCCGGCCCUGACUCGAAAAAACCCAAAGGUGGAAGCAUCACUGCAUUUUUUGGAGCUCCAAAGCCGAAACCCCUGAGCAAUCAAUCAACUUCAACCCCACGAUCAAGCAGCUUUGAUAAGGCAAAAUGGGUUGCUUCCCUGACACCAGAACAAAAGGAACUAUUGCAGUUGGAAAUUGAUACCUUAGAUGAGAGCUGGCUCGCUCACUUGAAGGAUGAAGUGGUCAGCACUGAAUUCUUGAACUUGAAACGAUUCCUGAAGAAGGAGAAAGAUUCCAAUGUCAAGGUCUUUCCGCCAGAGGAGGAUGUCUAUUCUUGGUCCCGACACACCCCCCUGCACAACGUCAAAGUGGUCAUCAUUGGCCAGGAUCCGUAUCACAAUCACAACCAAGCUCAUGGGCUAUGUUUCUCCGUCCGUGCUCCUGUGCGAGCCCCGCCAUCAUUGCUCAAUAUCUACAAGGGCAUCAAGAUCGACUAUCCUGACUUCGAGUCACCGCCUGAUAACGGAGGGCUACUCAUACCUUGGGCUGAGCGUGGCAUCCUGAUGCUCAACACUUGCCUUACCGUUCGUGCCCACCAAGCCAACAGUCAUUCCAACAAGGGCUGGGAGAAAUUCACACAAAAGGUUAUCGACCUCGUUGCUCGAGUACGAACCAACGGCGUCGUCUUUCUUGCUUGGGGCCGGCCUGCCGGAACCAGAGUGGCAAAGAUCAACAAGGAAAAGCAUUGCAUCCUACAAUCUGUGCAUCCCAGUCCUCUGAGCGCGCACAAUGGCUUUUUCAAAAACGGACACUUCAAAAAGUGCAAUGAUUGGCUUGCUUCGCGAUACGGAGAAGACGAAAUCAUUGACUGGAGUUUAGUACCGUCCAAGAAGCCUCUGUUGGCUCCUUGUGUCUCCGACAAGGAAAAUUCAACCGCUUUGACCAACAAGGUGCCAGUUGAGCCCCCUCAAUCUGCCAAGACUGAGGUUGUCAAAGUCCAGCCUGGCAAGGUUGAUGAGUUUGAUGAUGAUGAUGCUAUUGAAGCCCUAGUGGCGGCUGAAGCAGCAGAAAAUUCUUCAAAUCUAGUUUAG